AUGGAGUACAUAUAUGAAACCGAAGAUACUUACGAAUCGAUUGGAAGACACUAUGCUGGUAAAUCGGUUUUCAUUACCGGUGGUACUGGAUUUUUAGGAAAGGUUUUUGUCGAAAAAUUAUUAUACAGCUGUCCAAAAAUAAACAAAAUUUAUGUACUGUUACGAGAGAAAAAUAAAUUGGACCCUUUUGAGAGAAUUAAACAGCUAUUGGAAUUACCGAUGUUUGAUAGAGCUAGAAAUGAAAGACCGGAAAACUUUGAAAAAGUUGUGCCUUUAUCUGGAGAUGUAACUCUGCCUAACCUUGGUAUAAGCCAAGAAGACGAACAAAUGAUUAUAGAAAAGGUAAGCCACGUAUUUCAUUUUGCGGCAAACGUCAAAUUUAACGAGGAAUUGAAAGUGGCCAUGAACAUUAACGUAGAAGGAACAAAAAAAGUGCUCAAGUUGUGUCAGCGCAUGAAAAAUAUCAAAGUUUUCGUAUACGUAUCUACGGCUUACUCUAACACACAUAAAGCAGUUCUGGAAGAAAUUGUGUACCCACCUCCUGCUUCAAUCGAUGAAGUAUACAGAAUUCUGGAACAGGAAGUAACCAAUGAAGAUCAACUAAAAAAACUUAUUUGUGGCAGACCAAAUACUUAUACCUUCUCUAAAGCACUUGCGGAGAGUCUCGUGAGUCAAGAACAUGGUGACUUUGCUACAAUAAUUAUCAGACCAUCUGUUGUAUCAGCAAGCAUCCAUGAACCACUUACGGGAUGGCUGGAUAACUGGUUCGGUGCCACAGCCCUUCUCGCCACCAUUGCUAAAGGUCUUACUCGUAUUCUACUAAGUAGGAGCACUAACGUUUUAGACCUAAUUCCUGUUGACUAUGUGUCUAAUCUCAUCGUUGCGGCAGCUGCUAAAUGCAAAAGAUCAAAAGAAUUAACUGUCUACAACAGUUGUACUAGUGAUGUAAAUCCAUUAACAAUGGCUGAAUUCGGCAGGCUUAUUACUGAAGACAGCGUGAAACACAAUUUCCAUGAAAUAAUUUGCCCAACAUUGUUUUUUACGCAGUCAGCAUGGUUGCUAAAUAUUUUAACACUAAUCAUGCAAAUAAUACCAGCUUUCAUAGUUGAUUGUUGGCUACGUUUAACAGGAAGACCACCCAGGUUUAUGAAGAUGCAGAGAAAGAUUCUACAAACACGUAGUGCUUUGCAGUACUUUACAUCACAUUCCUGGCAAAUGAAGUGUCAACGCACUCAGGAUCUAUUUGCUUCAUUGUCGGUUUCAGAUCGUCUCGAGUUUCCUUUUGAUCCAACACAUAUCAAAUGGGACGAGUAUUUACCAAUCUAUUGUAUGGGUAUCCGAAAAUUCUUGUUCAAAUUAUCCACACGAGAUUAA